GUGGGUGCUGCUGGGAUCCUCGCUUGGCCCAGAAUGUCUCCAGCACAUUCUGAGCCAGGCCUCCUGGCUUACGGGCUCCCCACAGUCUGGAGGAGGCUGGCUAGGGGCCUGGUGCUCUAGGUGUCUUAUCUAAGACAUGCAGGCCCCAUGGGAGGCCUCUCCCAACACUUUGUGGGAUCCAGGCCAGGGGUUGGCCCUGGAGUCUGCCAGCCACACUGGGAAAACAUUGGAGCUUGGUCUGCCAUCCUGAACUGUGGUUCCCCUGCCUCCCAGCCCGGCUGUGAGUGCUCAGCGAUCCUGACAGGCUGACAGUUGGGCCAUGUGGUGCUCUUCCCAGUCUGGUUCCUGUACAGUCUGCUCAUGAAGCUGUUCCAGCGCUCCACGCCAGCCAUCACCCUCGAGAGCCCGGACAUCAAGUACCCGCUGCGGCUCAUCGACCGGGAGAUCAUCAGCCAUGACACCCGGCGCUUCCGCUUUGCCCUGCCGUCACCCCAGCACAUCCUGGGCCUCCCUGUCGGCCAGCACAUCUACCUCUCGGCUCGAAUUGAUGGAAACCUGGUCGUCCGGCCCUAUACACCCGUCUCCAGUGAUGAUGACAAGGGCUUCGUGGACCUGGUCAUCAAGGUUUACUUCAAGGACACCCAUCCCAAGUUUCCCGCCGGAGGGAAGAUGUCUCAGUACCUGGAGAGCAUGCAGAUUGGAGACACCAUUGAGUUCCGGGGCCCCAACGGGCUGCUGGUCUACCAGGGCAAAGGGAAGUUCGCCAUCCGACCUGACAAAAAGUCCAACCCUGUCAUCAGGACAGUGAAGUCUGUGGGCAUGAUCGCGGGAGGGACAGGCAUCACCCCGAUGCUGCAGGUGAUCCGUGCCAUCAUGAAGGACCCUGAUGACCACACUGUGUGCCACCUGCUCUUUGCCAACCAGACCGAGAAGGACAUCCUGCUGCGACCUGAGCUGGAGGAACUCAGGAACGAACAUUCUGCACGCUUCAAGCUCUGGUACACGCUGGACAGAGCCCCUGAAGCCUGGGACUACAGCCAGGGCUUCGUGAAUGAGGAGAUGAUCCGGGACCACCUUCCACCCCCAGAGGAGGAGCCGCUAGUGCUGAUGUGUGGCCCCCCACCCAUGAUCCAGUACGCCUGCCUUCCCAACCUGGACCGCGUGGGCCACCCCAAGGAGCGCUGCUUCGCCUUCUGAGGGCCGGGCACGGUCACACGGCCACCCGCCCCGCGUACCCCACGCCCUGUUCACGCUCACCCGGUCACCUCCCCACAUCGCACACUGGGGCCCCGGGUUCAGCCUGGCCUGCCCGUGCCCUGGUGAAUGACCUGGCUGAGCAGGCCCCCUGGGGCCCCUUCGGGAGCAGGGCUGUGUCCCAGGUGGGCCACGGCUGAGCCUUCAGAGUAGGUCCUGCCUGGCACUUACUGGUCCUUACCAGAGACGCCCAGCCCCAUCCCUGUCCUCAUGACCCCUCGUCCACCCCACACACACACUACAAGGCUGAGGGCUGCCAGCAGCCCCGUCUGCCCACCAUUGCCGGCCGUGGACCAUAGUCAGGAUGUCAGCAGACACACAUGGGCAGCCCAAAGCUGCAGGUGCCAGGGCCCACCCCAGCCUCGCCUGUCACCCCCACUCCCGCCUCAGGGCCAGGCCCAGGCCUCACCACCUGGCGCUGCAUGAGACAUUGACACCAGAAAGCCCUCUUGGGGGCACUGCUCCCUACCCCAGGGCCCUGGCCAGCCGGGAGCUUGGCUCUCCUCUGGCUAGAGUGGGAAGAGGGGGCUGGCCAUGGGGCCCUCCCAGAACCUCAGCAUUUCCUUCCAGCCCAUCCAAACACUGAGGCAGCCUUGGGGAACCCCGAGCUGGGGGGUUGGCAGCCCGCUGCACCGCCUCAGGGUUUUGGGGUCCUGGGCUGGGGCCACCAUCCCCGAUGGCAGAACUCCCACAACCACAUGUAUUUAUUCCUCUGUCCUAAACCGUCCCCUCCUUCCCUCACCCCAGCACAGGGGGAUUCUGAGCAGUGCCUCUUGUCUGAGGGACAUAUCAGUGACCUCGACAUUGCCUUUAGACUACAGUUGUGUUAGCCUCUUGCGUAUCGGCUUUUUCAGAGUCAUUUAUGAGCAGGAAAAAAAAAAAAAGUAAAACUUUGCUAAUAUUAA